UCUACGGUCUAGCAAUACUUAUCGCAAUUUAUUUCGCAUAACUGUUUAUUCUUGGUGGAAAUUAUGUGACCAACGCGCGUCUGCCGUUCUUCGUAAACAGUUUCCGAGCAUAAGUGCAAAAACAGUGCGGACUUGAUUUGGAAUUCAACGAAUAAGUUAUACCUGUAUAAGGCCAUUCGCCGAAUCAAUAUUUUUGUGCGGUUAAUCCUGAUUUAAGAACUCGCUUCUCCUAUAUAUUGUUAUUAAUUGUGUCUCAAAUAGCUUCGACGGCGAGCCUAUUACAUUAUUUUUUACGUAACAAGACUAUCAAAGAAGACAAGAUAUUAUUGUAUUGAUAGCACGAUGAACGAAGCAACGCCAUCUACCGUCGCGCGAACGUAACUGGUGACGAUGUGUUCCCUCGCUCCACCCGUAUGAGCCAUGCCCCGAAUCAGAUAUGCAUCCAUUCUACGGAUAUUCGUUAUACUGGGCUUGCUUUGUGUGUGGCUACAGAUAAUGUUGUCAGCGACCACUGGCAUAUUGGACAAAGAUGGUGAUACUAAAAUCGAGGAUAGUUUCUCUAUUAGUAACAGCACUACUAACCCAGAACUACCGUUUGAAGAAGAGCUGAUGAAUUCGAAUGAGACGUCGGAGCAGGUGCUGGCGUUGGUGCCGCCGGAGCUACACAAGUACCUUACAGUCCAUCCCAAAAAUAUCACUGCGAACGCCACAGAGCGGUACGCGGGGCGGAACGUGUCAGACAUCCGGCGCGCGAUACGGCGGUACAACGACGCGCAGACCGUCUAUAACGAGGAUAUCUUCGGACCCGUGCAGAACGACACCAUCAUUAUAGCUAUACAGGUCCACACGCGUCUGACGUACCUGCGCCACCUGAUCGUGUCGCUGGCGCAGGCUCGCGACAUCGACAAGACGCUGCUCAUCUUCUCCCACGACUACUACGAUGAGGAGAUCAACAGUUUGGUCAGGAGUAUCGACUUCACCAAGGUGAUGCAGAUAUUCUACCCGUACUCGGUACAGACUCACACCAACGAGUUCCCGGGCAUGGACCCCAACGACUGUCCGCGGAACGCCAAGAUGGAGCAAGCGAUAAAGAUGAAGUGCAACAACGCGUUGCACCCGGACCUGCACGGGCACUACCGCGAGGCGAAGUACACGCAGACCAAGCAUCACUGGUGGUGGAAGGCCAACAGGAUCUUCAACCAGCUGCAGCCCACCGCCACGCAUACUGGAAUGGUGGUCUUCCUAGAAGAAGACCACUACGUGGCUGAAGACUUUAUCCACAUGUUGGGUCUACUCCGAGCCACGGCGGACAAGAACUGUCCCAACUGCGAGAUACUGUGCCUCGGGACGUACCUCAAGACCUACCAGUACCACUCCAAUAGUGAUAAGAGAAGGAAGCAAUUAAACCUGAGCUACAUUCAGCAAGUGCGAGCUGUGAACGAAGAGAGAAGAAAGAGACAGCAGGAGAGCCAGUGGAAUUUCCAAGUUUACCCCAACCUCUAUUCCAAUACGCAAAAGGUCGAAAUAACGCCAUGGCAUUCGAGCAUGCACAACAUGGGUAUGGUGUUCAAUAGGACUGUGUGGAACAGUAUAAUGGAACUGCAGGAACAGUUCUGCGCGUACGACGAUUACAACUGGGACUAUUCUUUACUACAUCUGUCCCAGAAUAGGCCGAAAAGAGAGAAGUUUAAGGUUAUACUGUGUAAGGGACCGAGGGUGUUUCAUAUUGGAGAAUGUGGCGUCCACCACAAGAAGUCGAACUGCAACGCGUCGACGGUGAUCAGCAAGGUGCAGAAGCUGCUGAAGAACGCCAAGCCGUACAUGUUCCCUGCCCGGGUGACCGCCACCAUCACGGCAGGCGGCGCCAAGCACAACAAGAAGCUGACUAAGGGCAACGGCGGCUGGGGGGAUAUUAGGGAUCAAGAAUUAUGUACUAAUAUGACAAAGAUUGGUCGGCAACCGAGAAGGUAUACGUAUUACGCAUAGAAUUAUAUGAAUAUUAGUCAUGUUUUAAAAGAGGCCUUGGCCUGUAUGUGGCAUACAUACACGUAGAUAAAGACUUGUAUUCGAUUCAAAUUAAAGAAUAAAAUGUUAAACAAAAAAAAGUUUGACGUCGAUGAAUAAAGUCUACAGAUUCAAAAAAUUUAAAAAAAGACUGUCAUUUUUGCCGCGUUGAUGUUUCUUUGUUUACAUUUUAUCUUGUAUCGAAAUAAUUAUUGUUGUUCAUCAAAAUAUCGCACAACAAUCUAAUAUUCAGCACCACACACAAAUAUACAAGUUUGUUAUACCAAAUAUUACUUAAACUAGGAUAAUGGAACUGUUAGCAUCGAACAGUAUAGGAUUGCUUUAAGACUUGCGAUCAAAAUAUAUUUUGUGUAAAUAUUUUGUGGGCAGAAAAACUAAUUUUGUUUGAAAAGACUGACGAAGUGUAAAGUAUAGUUGUAAGAAACAAGGCCUUUUAGACCCAGGACAAAGCUGAGUGAGACGGAUGUAUAACGUAUUUAGUUUCUCUGUCUACAAACUUUAGUACUAAGUUUUUAGAACAUAAUAUUUUUUUAUUCACUUUUCCGGCCAGUACGCACUAAACUAAUGUUUAGUUUAAUCGUCAAAUUUAAUUGUAAAAUUGCGCCAAAAAUCCUUCUAUCCGGCCGCACAUUAAGCGAAUUUCUGAUCAGAAAAAUUCGGACACCCGCCGGAACACAAUCUGUUCAUACAACAAAAUGUUGUGGACCACGCAUACUAUCAGAAUUCUGACGUGUCAAAAUGUAUGG